GCCAUGUCACUAGAAGGGGAUGAGUGGGAGUUAAGUAAAGAAAAUGUGCUGCCUUUGAGGCAAGGCCGGAUCAUGUCCACGCUUCAGGAAGCAUUGGCACAGCAGGAAACUGCUAGUCAUACUGCUCUCCAUCAACAAAAAAGAGCAUUUGAGUCUGAAAUUCGUUUUUAUACAGGAGAUGAUCCUCUAGAUGUUUGGGUGAGAUAUAUUAACUGGACAGAGCAGAACUUCCCUCAGGGUGGAAAGGAGAGUAAUAUGUCAACAUUAUUAGAAAGAGCUGUAGAAGCCCUUCAGGAGGAGAGACGAUAUUAUAAUGAUCCCCGCUUUCUUAGUCUUUGGCUUAAAUUGGGACGUUUAUGCAAUGAACCUUUGGAUAUGUAUAGUUACUUACAUAGCCAAGGAAUUGGCAUUUCUCUUGCCCAGUUCUACAUUUCAUGGGCUGAAGAAUAUGAAGCCAAAGAAAACUAUAAGAAAGCAGAUUUGAUAUUCCAAGAAGGAUUUCAGUGCAAGGCUGAGCCACUGGACAAACUGCAAUCACAUCAUCGGCAGUUCCAGUUUCGUGUAUCUCGUCACACUAUGUUGGCACUUGAAAAAGAGGAAGAAGAUGAUGUCCCUGAGGCUUCUGGACCUCAGCGAAGCUCCCUAGCUGAUCUGAAAAGCAAAGGGAAAAAAAUAGCAAAAGUUCCCAUUAAUCGAGUAGGAGGUGCUCUUAAGGCUGUAAACCAGGGCCGAGGUCUUCAAAAUCCAGUUAAUCAACAGAUAUUAGGUGGCUCCAAAUUUGCUGUUUUUGAUGAAAAUGCUGAUGGAGCCUCUAGAACAGAGCUGCCAAUGGUUACAGCUGAACCAUGGAAAGCACCACCUGUUCGUAGGGCCAAAGAGAAUGAGCUACAGGCAGGACCUUGGACCAAAGGCCGGCUUCAUAGCAAUCCAUCUUCUGUGUCCGCUGUGCCAACUACACUACCAAAUUUUAUUCCAUAUGUAGAAGAGUCUGCACAACAACAGAUCAUGACUCCUUGUAAAAUUGAACCCAGCAUAAAUCAUAUUCUCAGUACUAGAAAACCUGGAAAGGAAGAAGAAGAUCCCCUGCAGCGUGUACAAAGUCAUCAACAAGAGUCUCAGGAGAAGAAAGAGAAAAUGAUGUGUUGUAAGGAGAAGAUUUAUGCUGGAGUUGGGGAAUUCUCCUUUGAGGAAAUACGAGCUGAAGUUUUCUGGAAGAAAUUGAAGGAGAAAAGGGAAGUUGAGUUGCUGACAGGGGCACAGAAAAGAGCAGAGAUGCGGAAGCAGAUUGAAGAGAUGGAGAAGAUGAUAAAGGAAAUCCAGACAACCCUGCAAGAAAGGCCAUGUGUUCAGGUCCUGAUGAUGGAGGAAUUGAAGGAGUUGCAGCAUCACACAGACGUUUUGCAAGAAAUUAGUGGGGAGGAGCCCAAGGUGGAUGAGCCUGGAGAGAGGGUGCCAACAAGAGAGACAGCUGAUGGCGGAUCUGCUCCCAGGCUUCAGGAUGUACCAGGAGAGGAGGUUCUUUUCAGGGAACCUUCACUUGCAGAAAACCCUUGGCAGGAACUAUCUUCUAAAGGUCCUGUCAUACCAUUCUCCAUUUUUGAUGAAUCUGUUCCUUCAGAAGACCAGAACAUCAGUCUUCCUCCAGAUCCUCUACAGGCAUCAGGCCAACGAAGAGCCCUUGCUGUUCUAAAAUCUUCAGAAGACAUGACCUCAAAGGGAGAUCUUUCUCUAGAAGUUUGUGAUGAGUUCAUUGGAAUUGAGCCCCUGAGUGAAGAUGCCAUUAUCACAGGUUUUAGAAAUAUGCCUAUAUGUCCCAACCCAGAAGACACUUGUGAUUUUGUUAGGGCAGCCCGCUUCGUAUCAACUCCUUUUCAUGGAAUAACAAUACAGAAUCAUCCACCAUCUGCCAAUCCUGGGAGAAUUCUUCAGGAAGAUCUACAGUUGAAGCGAACUUCUCUAAACCAGCGGACUGUUUGUGAGGUUACUUAUAACCAAGCUCUCGGCAUUAAGAAGUUGAGCCCAAUCGUGGAAAAUAGUCAAGAAAACACCUGUUCCUCUGGGUUCUCAGGAUCUUCUGCCUCCUCAAUUUCAAAUAUUUCCUCAACUAAAUGCCUUCAGAUCCCUGAGAAAUUGGAACUUACUAAUGAUGAGAGCAUCAUUCAUCCUUUGGAUAAUUCUUACUCACCCUGGUGCUUAGAGCAACGUAGACAACUGUUGGACUCACUGCCAGAACUAAGAACCUCUCCAGAUUUCUAUUUAGAAGAGAAAUCCAUGCCUGAGUUAGAAGUGGGAAAAAAGAUUGAAUUAGGUGAUGAAGAUUACUGCAUCCAACAGGAAAACUUAAUUGGUGAAGACUACAGGAUAUUUCGGGUAGCUCAAGGCAACUCUGCAAACUUAACUAUGAUAAAGGUGUACUCUCAGCCUGUACCAUGGGAUUAUUACAUCAUUCUCAAGUUAAGAGAGCGUCUGAAUGAAGAAUUUGAACACAAUUUCAGUGAUGACUGUAGCUGUUAUCUAUAUCAAGAUGGCUGUAUUAUUUUGCACCAGAGUACAAAUUGUUUCACACUUUGGGAUCUUCUCCAGCACAGUGAAUUCACUGAUCCUGAGGUAGCAAUUUUACUUAUUCACAACCUGUUGGCAUUAGUGGAAAAGCUACAUAGAGCAGAAAUAGUCCAUGGAGAUUUGGGUCCUAGGAGUCUGAUACUUGGAAACAGGAUUAACAAUACCUGUAUCUGUAAUGAAAAUGACCAGGCUUUGAAAAUUGUGGACUUCUCCUACAGUGUAGACCUGAAGGCACAGCCAGAUGUUCCUACCUUACAAGGCUUUCGCACUGUACAGAUCCUAGAAGAACAAAAAAUUAUUGCUAACUGUGUUUCUCCUUACCAAGUAGACCUGAUUGGUAUUGCUGAUUUAGCACAUUUGCUAUUGUUUAAGGAUCAUCUGCAGGUUGCCUGGGAUGGUUCCCAAUGGAAACUCCUCCAAAGCCUUUCCAAGCUAACAAACAGUGAUUUGUGGAGCAAGUUCUUUGGGAGAAUCCUAAAUGCCAGUGAUGAGUCCACCGUGUCUGUUCUAAGAGAGCUUAAAGAAGAAACAAGUAGGGUGUUUGAUGACUCUUUUCAAAAUCAGUUGGACAAAGCUUUAUGGAAAGUGGAAAAGUUAAUCAACUCAGGGGCUUUGCUCUCCCAACCUGUCUAG